GUGCUGUCAUGCUCAGUGGUAAAAAGCUGCUGCAGUGGAGAUGAGCGCUUGCGCACAUCGGAGGAUUUAUUCAGAUUAUGUGAAAAACAGAUAACGGGCUGAGCAGCCUGUGCGGCAGGUUUUUUUGCGAUAAACUAGACGGGGUUACGCUUCUUGAUCAUGUCGCCCCGAAGUGACUGUGUCAUCUGGUGCCUUCAAAUAGAGUAAAUAUCCGCUCGCUUUUGCAUGCAGCCGCGCACUCGCUCCGCCCGAGUCCGCCGACUGUGACGCUCAAAGUUAAUUCUAGGGUUUAGGUUUCUGUCGGAUUUCAUGUGAAGGAGGGCUUGAAGCUGCGCCCGCCCUCUCGGGUCUCGGUCUGUGCUUGCCCAGAGAGGAGCCUUACACGUAAAUGGAACAGCCCGCUGAAGUGUCCUGCGGAACUGAGGGAGAGCGCUCCGAAGAAAAGUCGUGAUCAUGAUUUAACCGCCCAAAGCCUGUAGUUUACCGCUGAUCGAUGGUCGAUGGUUUCCGCAAUUGAACGGCGGUAAGUGUUCACUGGCGCUUGCCACUCGGUCUCAGAGGCAGAAAAGCCGAAGGCCAGGUCGAGCUUGCGAAGACAAACCAAUCUUGCCAUGCCAACCGCCGAUGCAGAGCCUGGCAUGGGCAGGGGCACGGCGCCUGCAGCCCCGGCCUCUCCGAGCCAGCCCCCGGCUGAACGCGCAGUGUCCGUGCUGUGGUCGUUUGCGAAAUGCCUGGGCGCUCUCGUGCCGGUGUACCUGGCCGGAUACUACGGCUUCAGCAUCAGCGUCGUGCUGCUGGUUUUGAUGAUCUACAUAGGAUGGAAACACGGUCGAGCCGAGAAGACGAUGAGGCUCAAGUCUGCCAUGUACCUUCUGGAGAACGAGAAGGCAUUCACCACUGAGAAGGUUUUCAGAACCAAAAGAGAUCUGCCUCCCUGGGUCAGCUUCCCAGAUGUGGAGAAAGUGGAGUGGCUAAAUAAGAUCCUGCAGCAGGCUUGGCCCUUUGCAGGCCAAUAUCUGGAGAAGCUGCUGCUGGAAACCAUUGCUCCUGCCAUCCGUGCCUCCAACAUCCACCUGCAGACUCUCAGCUUCACCAAAGUCAACAUAGGAGACAAGGCUUUGAAGGUGACUGGCGUAAAGGCUCAUACGGAAAACGACAAGAGACAGGUUAUGUUGGAUUUGUACCUGAGCUACGCUGGUGAUGUUGAGAUCAAUGUGGAGAUCAAAAAGUACUUCUGCAAAGCUGGAGUGAAAGGAAUCCAGCUCCACGGUAAGCUGCGUGUGAUCCUUGAGCCUCUGAUUGGAGAUGUGCCACUGGUUGGAGCCAUUACAAUGUUCUUCAUCCGCAGGCCUAAACUGGACAUCAACUGGACUGGAAUCACCAACCUGUUGGACAUUCCCGGAUUGAAUGCCAUUUCGGACACUAUGAUAAUGGAUGCUAUAGCCUCCCACCUGGUGCUCCCCAAUCGUCUCACUAUUCCCUUGGUGGCCGACCUGCACGUUGCGCAGCUCCGCUCCCCUCUCCCAAGGGGAGUCGUGCGCAUCCACCUGCUGGAGGCUGAGGACCUGACUGCAAAAGACACGGUAAUCAAAGGAUUAAUCGAUGGGAAGUCGGACCCGUACGCCGUCGUCCGCGUAGGGACCCAGAUCUUCACCUCUCAUCACGUGGACAGCAAUCUGAACCCGCAGUGGAGAGAAAUGUUUGAGGUGAUUGUCCAUGAAGUACCUGGUCAGGAGUUGGAAGUGGAAGUGUUUGACAAAGACCCAGACCAGGAUGACUUCCUGGGGAGGGUUAAGGUGGAUCUUGACAUUGUAAAGAAGGCCCGAGUGGUGGAUGAUUGGUUCAAUCUGAGGGACGUCCCAUCUGGCAGCGUUCACCUCCGGCUGGAGUGGCUCUCUCUGCUGGCCUCUGCUGACAGACUGAGCGAGGUGAUACAGAAGAACCAGAACGUGUCCAGUAAGACAGCCGAACCUCUGUCGGCUGCCAUCUUAGCCGUCUAUCUUGACCAAGCCUAUGAACUGCCUAUGAGAAAGGGUAAUAAGGACCCGAGUCCAAUGGUGCAGAUUUCCAUUCAGGAUACAACUAAAGAGAGCAAGACUUGCUACGGGACCAACAGCCCUGCGUGGGAGGAUGCUUUCACCUUCUUCAUCCAGGAUCCUCGCAAACAAGAUAUUGACAUUCAGGUGAAGGAUGAUGACCGCACUCUGCCCCUGGGAAAUCUGACGAUCCCUCUCACACGUCUUCUGGAGACCCCUGAACUCACCAUGGACCAGUGGUUCCAGCUGGAGAAUUCGGGCUCAGCCAGCCGCAUUUACAUAAAAGCUGUGCUUAGGGUUUUGUGGCUGAGCGACGACACCACUCCCACCACUCCGUCUCCUCGUCCUUCAGCCUCGGGCUCUGGGGUUGGUCAGGGAGGAAACCUGUCAGAGCCGAACCCGUUGGGUCCCGGCGGCUUAUCAAAACCUCAACCCACACGCCCGCAGCACACCACACCCGAUCCAGAGUUUGCAACAGAGGGAGUGUUGCGAAUCCAUCUGGUGGAGGCCCAGAACCUCAUAGCCAAGGACAACUUCAUGGGAGGCAUGGUGAAGGGGAAAAGCGACCCCUAUGUCAAGAUCCGCGUGGCUGGUAUAACCUUCCGCAGUCACACCAUCAAAGAGAACCUCAAUCCGGUCUGGAACGAGCUCUAUGAGGUGAUUUUGACCCAGCUGCCAGGUCAAGAGAUCCAGUUCGAGUUGUUCGAUAAGGACAUCGAUCAGGACGACUUCCUCGGCAGGUUCAAGCUGAGCCUGCGGGACAUCAUCAGCGGACAAUUCAUGGAUACGUGGUACACUCUCAAUGAUGUGAAGUCAGGUCGAGUUCACCUGGUGCUGGAGUGGCUUCCCAGAGUUUCUGACCUACCCAGACUGGAGCAGAUCCUGCAGUUUCAGUCCCAGCAGUCUUAUCAGAACAAGGUCGUGCCAUCAGCGGCUUUGCUGUUUGUGUACGUGGAGCGCGCCCACGGCCUGCCGUUGAAGAAGAACGGAAAGGAGCCAAAGGCCGGAGCUGAGGUUAUCCUCAAAGGUGUUUCACACAAAACCAAGAUUUGUGAGCGGUCCACAUCCCCUCGAUGGGAUGAAAGCUUUCACUUUUUGGUUCGCGACCCCAGAGAUGAAACGCUCUCGGUCAAGCUCUCCCACAGCUGGGGCCAGGCUCUCGGAUCUUUAACGCUUCCUCUGAAGGAGGUGCUGACUGAGCCGGGCUUGGUGCUAGAUUGCUGGCUCAGUCUGGAUGGAGCUCUGCCAGAGAGCCAGAUACUGCUGAGGGUCACACUUAAGAUUUUAGACACUCAGCUGGCUGUGUGUCGCAAGGCUCCGGGGGAAGCGGGCAAUGACGGGGGCGCCGGUGACGUCAUCCCCAAAUGGGAUCCGUCCCAUCUAGACCUCAGGCACAGAGGUGCAUUCCCCGUCGAGGGCUCCAACACGGUCGCACAAGUGAAGCUCACUGUGGGCUAUUCCACAGAAGAGAACAGGCUUUUCAUCAUCGUCCACUCCUGCAGAGCCCUGGCAGCCUGUUCCAAGGACGGCGCUGACCCGUACGUCUCCUUCAUCCUUCUGCCCGACAAGAAGGCGACCACCAAGAGGAGAACUGCCACCAAGAAGAGAGACCUCAACCCAGAAUUCAACGAGAGGUUUGACUUUGAUUUUUCUUUCGAGGAGUCCAUGCAGAGGAGACUGGACCUGUCUGUGAAGAACAGUGUCUCCUUUAUGAGCAGAGAGCGAGAGCUCAUUGGCAAGUUGCAGCUGGACCUGGACCAAAUUGACCUCAAGACCGGCGUUGCACAAUGGUAUGAUUUGAUAGCAGAGACCAACUAGAAGAAGCGGUGCCUGAUCUUUGGAACUAUAUAACAUAAACGUUGCUUCUGUGAUCUGUGAUUUGUGCGUUUGUAUAUUCAGCUUAAAUUAAAAUUUCCACCAUCACUGAAGAGAAAAAAAAAAAAGAGACAUAUCGGCUCCACGGUACCAUCAGUAUUUAUGAGAAGAAACUUUACAUUAAGCCUAUCAUUCGUAAAGUGUUAACAGAUAUUUUAGCUGAAUAGAUAUUUGAUAAUGCAACUGUGUUGCACAACAAACCAAGGUUAUGUGUAUUUCAAAGCAUGUAAAAGUCCUAUGAAUUUUAUUUUUUGAAAAGGGCUUACUCUAUACUGUGGUUAAUAUCUUGAUAAAUGAAUGUGUAUCAUGGAUUUACAGCCUCCAACACAACUGAAAGAAACCCCUUAGAUUUUAAUUUUGUACUCUCUCCAAACAAUUCCGAAUAUUAUUUAGUUUUUAUAUGUUUCUAUUAUUGCCUUAAGUAUUACAAAACUGUGCACAGUUUGUUAGUGUUUGUGAAAUGUGUUCCAGAUGAAGAUUUAUAUGUUUUAACCAGAGCUUUCUGAGCGUUACUUUUAUAAAUUAGAGUAUUACAAACCAAGACCCUCACCUUACCACUGAAAACAGAGGUAUGCAGCUGUAACACAGAGUCUGAAUCACUGUGCUUUUAUGAAGAGAAAACUUAUUACAAGCUGGCGUGUCAACACAAUGCUUCUUUGCGUUUUUAAAGUGUUUGUAAUGCUAAAUGCAACAUGUUUCUUUAUUGUUUUCCGAGCAAAACUACUUUGAGAUUCAAGUUAAUGUCGUAUGCUAGUGAUGGGACAACUUCCGUGUCCCACUUGCUGUCACCUCAACAGAAAAGACCUGGACACUGAUAAGUGUUAAAAAAAACAAAAAACAGCUGUGCUUUCACAUAAUUUAAACAUAUCAUCAUGUCUCUGCUGAAGUUGUCGAUUAAAGUUUGCACUCACGAAUCAAAA